UAUUAUUUUUUUUUUUUAAAUUUGCAUCUUUUAAAUAUUUUACGUACAAAAGAAUUGUGAAUAAAUUAUGAUAAAUAAAGUUAAAUGUUAUUAUUUACGAUACUUUUUAGUGAAAAAAUAAAAACAUAGUGUAAGGUGCAGUGAACCACGUGGACGUAAAUCGAUAGUGCAGUGUUGUCGCGCAGGGGUCAGUCACCUAGAUCGUAGGGUCAACUUCUCAUGCGCUCACCGAACGUAGAUUAACUUUAUACGUAACACUUUGAGUAAAAUAAAUACCGUAAAGUAUCAGAUAUAUAAGUAUCAGUAUAAGACUACUAGUAUACCGAGUACUAGUAGUAGUGUACACUCAAGACAUCAAGUGUUUGUAAAUAAAAGUAAAAGAGCUAAGACUCUCAAGGGAAUGUUACUAAAUCGUUUGUGAAAAUCCAUGUGGUCCAACUUGGCGACAAAGUCCGACAGGAAAUGGUACUCUGUAGGCGGAUGGACAUAGAAGUAAUGCGGAAUACAACGAGCAAGUUGAAAAGGAUACUGAACGUUGACAGUUGUCGCUUUGGGAGUAGCCGAGCAAAGUUGCCGGAACGUAAAGACUGUCAAGGGUGAAUAAAAGAGCCUCGUGACGGAGGGCUUUCGAACAGCCCUGGCGCGGCUGCGACACUGCACCCCGCAAGGGGGUUCUCUGCCAAAUACACCGAAUCCACCUGCCACCCCUGAGCACAAAAGUCACGGACACCUAGACAACCGUGGCUCGUCAGCAAGGAGUGCUGGCAGUGCAAAGAGUAGCAGUAGCGAUUUCGGUGGGUCGCAGUCGUCGCCGAUACGAGGAAUUGGUUACAAUGCGACUGAAAGUUGUAGCAAGGACACCGACCUUUUGGCACACGCAGCUUCUGCUCUCCGUAGGUUACACUUCAAAUCAGCCGGUGGUAGUCGCAGCUGUCGCACCGUCCCGAAAGUCGUGAUCAUGGGCUCAAGCACUGCCUCCGAAACAACUAUCAACACCAGCACAGACAGUGCAAAUACUCAAGUAACUAUUAUAACGACAACGGACAGUGAACAGCAUGAUGACAGUAUGGAUUUAGCAGACGAUCCUCUAGAACUAUCACCACCAGCUGUCUCAAAUUUUACAUCUAAUUCAACAUCACCCCCAGCCAGAAAUGGAGCAAAUAAUGCGGAAGCGCACUAUAAGAACUCAACAAUAUCCACUACCCAGCACACCACUGUCCCGACAGUUCAGUCUCCCCCAACAAACAUCUUGUCCAAAAAUGAAAUUAGUCCGAUUAAUGGGGUCGGAGCACCCCCACCUACACCCCUAAUUGGUGCACGCCAUGAAAAUAAAUUUUCGUUUAAUAUUGGACGGAUUCCUGCACUGCCUGAUCUCCGAACUGCCGAAUUUUUUAGUACUCCUGUGCGGGGAUCUGUAGAUGCAGGACAACCAGAUUCAAAUCAGUUGAAUUCCAUGCUUGCUUUGAUAGCAGCCAAAGAAAAUCCAUCAACAAUCGAAGAAGAAACGUCAAAUCAUAUAACUCCUAAAAGUAAUACGACGAUUAAAACUAUGGAGUCACUACAGCAGUCUGUUGAACGCGAUAAAUUCAAUGGUGGAAGUGUGGGAAAGAUGCAGAAAACAUCAAAACCUAGUAUAAACGUCACAACAAAUCCACUCGAUAUCUCACUCUGUACAGCACAGCCACCUAGUGCACCCACACAACCGUCCACUGGCACUAAGGGACGAUGUAAACCACCAGAAUCUCAUCCCCUCGUUUCCGCCAUUCAUUCAUGGGUCAGGCUCUUUUUCCCGUUUUGCGCAAUAGGUGGUAGUGGCGGAGGGACCAAAAGAACAGCUCAAGCAACUAUUGUCGUACAACAGCCGUCACUAUCGUUAGACGCACCCGCUGCGACAAUACUCCUUCGACCUGACGUUGAAGCUUGUCGUCGGGAAGAAAAUAUGAGACAGUUGCUUGACGUAACUCACACACUAACUCUUCAAGAGAUUCACGACUUUGAAAUGAGGUAUGGAAGUCCUCAUCAUAGUAGAUCACAGUCAGUUAAAACGCCCGGAAGCAGAUCAUCAGGACGUCCAAAUUACUUGUGUCUUCCGCAACAAAGAUCGAGGGUUGCUAGUAUGCCAAAUACUGGAGUAGAAGAAGAAUACUACAGGCUAAGGCAUUUCAGUAUAACAGGAAAGGGCAUUGUAAAUCGUGGUGAUUCUCUUAAAAGCCGGAGAUCUCGCUCUAACAAUAGUGUAGCUUCCAGCAACUCUAGCACGGAACAUUUAACAGCCUCUUAUCCUGGUUCAGCGAGGAAUUCAGCUGCGGGCUCAUUAGCAAGCUCUAGAGAAAGCAGUGCAUCUCAAGGCUCUAUACCGUAUAAAAUCUUAAUGCUUGGAGCACCAUCAGUUGGCAAAAGUUCUCUUGUUUCACAGUUUAUGACUUCUGAGUACCUGCACGCUUACGAUACUUCCAUUGCUAUAUAUGUUGCAGAUGAUGAAUCAGGAGAGAAAACAGUCAGUGUUCUUUUGGCUGAUGAAGAGUCGGAAUUGACAUUUAUUGAUCAUCCAUCUGCUGAAAUGACGCCCGAAAACUGUAUAGCUACUUAUGAACCACAGGCUUAUUGUGUCGUUUAUUCAACAACAGACGAAGAAUCACUCAAAGUAGCAGAGCAAGUUCUUCAGAUACUUUGGAGAAGUGACCUCGUAUCUGCCAGAGCAGUAAUUUUAGUUGGGAAUAAAGUUGACCUCGUUCGAAGCCGUUCAGUUGCUACUGAAAAAGGUAAAUCCAUGGCAAUAUCAUACGAUUGCAAGUUCAUUGAGACUUCUGUAGGAAUAAACCACAACGUAGAUGAGCUGCUUGUUGGAUUGCUGACGCAAAUACGUUUGAAACUCGAAAAUCCCGAGAGAACACGGGAUCUCUUUCGUAAGAGAUCGAGGAAAAACCGCAGCAGAUCACCUUUGGGUUCAUGUUCAGAGAACAACUCACCCAAGAAAUAUCGUGGCAGUCGUACAAGUGCCAGUCUCAAAGUACGCAGUUUACUUGGUAAAGUUUGGGCGAGAGAUAGUAAAUCUAAAAGCUGCGAAAAUCUUCAUGUUUUGUAAAAUACUUUCUCACUUAUGUGGAUUUUAUUCUUGACCAAUUAAAGGAUACAGAUUCAUUUUUUAAAAUUUUAUUUAUUUUUUUUUUUUGUUUUAUAACUAAGACUGAAUUGAAAUUUUAAGAAAUGAAAUAUUUAACUUGUGACUCGUUUUUUUUUUUACUCAAAUUUUUUAUUGCUCGUAAAAUUAAAAGUUAAAUAUUUAAUAGUAUUUUUUUUUUACUCUUGGAAAUUUACCUUUGAGAUAAAAAUAUAAAAUGUCUCUGUCUAAAUUAUCUAGAGAAUUUUUUAUAGUCAAUUUUAAAAGAAAAUAUUCACUCGGGCCAACUUUAUUUCAAAGAAAAUGGAAAAACUACUGGAACAAAACUGAAUGAAACAAACAAAAAAUAUAUAUCUACUCAUAUAUUUGUAUCUUUUUAAACUACACAAAGAAACAGUUAUUUUUUUUAUUUACUCACAAUUUGUGAAGAGAUUUAUUUUAUUUUACACACAAAACAAAAUUCACUAUAAAAUAAUAUGUGAGACACAAUUUAAAAAAAAAUAAUAAUAAAGUUAAGCUUCCAUAUUUACCAAAAAUAAAUAAAUAAAACAAACGGAAAAAAGCAAUUUUAAUAGAUAAAAUAAUUGCAAUGAAUUUUUUUGAAAUCCACGUAAAUCGUAUAACGAAAAAAAAGUGUUCACCGAAACGAGCUUAGUUUUUAAUUAACUCUGGAAAUUACUUCUGAGAUAAAAAAAAAUAAAAAAAAUUAAUGGUAAUACAAAAGAACAUGAUAAUGAAGAAUCAAGAAUUAAAAAAAAAAAAAAACGAGGCACGAGUUAAAAGUAUAAAAGUUGAUUAGGUGUGUAUAUUUAAAAAAAAUUAAAUGAUGGCGAUUGGAUAAGUAAUUUUAAUAAAAAAAUUUCAAAUUUCAAACAAGAAAUUUGAAAAAAAAAAAUCAAUGGAAAUAACCUGUGUAAAAAAAUUGUUUAAAAAAGGUUAAAAAAGUGUUGACUAUUCUAAUCUUCAAAACUCGACACAAUUACGAACUUUUUGUAAACGAUUUUCAAACUUCUAAAAAUGCACAGAAAAAAACAAUAGACUUAAUACUACAAAUUAACAUUUUUCUUAAUAAUAUUAGGACAUUUAUUGAUUAGUCCCUUGAAUUUUCAUAAGUUUAAAAAACAUUCAAAAAAGGUUAAUCGUUGUGUCACGUUUCGAAGUUUAGAAUAGUCAACAUUUUUUUAAUCUUUUUUUAACAAUUUUUUUCACGCGGGAAAUAAUAAUUUUUCGUGUUUUUAAAUCCGAAUCAUUCCCAAUACGCUUGAAUUAACGUGAUCAAUUUACAUUAAUUAAGCAAUUAACAAACCAAUUAUGCAAUAUAUUUAAUAUAAUUUUAAUAAUAUAAUAAUAAUAAUAAUAAUAAUAAUAAUAAUAAUAAUAAUAAUAAUAAUAAUAAUAAUGAUAUCUAUCCAAUCC